AUGAGCGUCCAAGUUUCUUACAAGGAGGAACCAGCGCAGAAUAUCCGUAGGGGACCAUGGUCUCCUGAAGAGGAUCGUAAACUUCUGGAUGCUAUUCGCCUUUAUGGGCCCGCAAACUGGGUAAGAAUAUCACAGAGUCUCGGCUCAAGAACUCCAAAACAGUGCAGGGAGAGAUACCAUCAGAACCUGAAGCCUUCGCUGAAUCGUAAUCCCAUAACAGCUGAAGAAGGACAGCUUAUUGAAGAGCUUGUGGCCAAAUAUGGUAAAAGAUGGGCGGAAAUUGCAAGGCAUUUGAAUGGCCGUUCCGAUAAUGCCAUUAAGAACUGGUGG